AUGGAUGGUGGUCCUAACCAUCAGAUCAAAUGGGGGACGUAUCGAGAGGGCGUCCGGUCCCAGCUGCCAAAAUUUGAGUCCUUGCCACAGGAUGGUCUCAUGUUGAUGCAGUCCUAUCAGGCUGUUCUUGACAACGAUGAGACUUUCACCCAAUAUUUCUCAGACGAACCACUUGAAAGUUACACGGUCGAGACACGUCUGAGGGAAACAUUGGGCAUUCGUCCUCCGUCUUCGUCGGACUCGGGGCCGCCUAGGAGUGAGAACGAUGCGUCCAUUAGCUGGGUCAACAUUUUCCGACACGGCAGUUUCGAAAAGCAAAGUGACGGCUCGUACUACUGUUACGAUCAAGGAAACCUCGUUCAGAUUGAUGAGUCACUUCACAAAAGCAUCCUUCUCAACCGAUGCUUCCUUCCGGCAAACUCCUACUUGUGGCCAAGUCCCACUGACGCCGAGAGGGAGUCCAGGAUCACUUUGGUCAUCGAGGCAGAUGUCUUGGAGGAACUUGACAGAAAAAUCAAAUACGUGGAGAAACUGAAGCGACUUCAGCUGGCACUGAAAAAACGUCGCGUCAAGCUGCAGGGUAUUCGAGGCCCCACGAAAAAGUCCCGUACGCCGCAAGCCCCCAGUUCACAGUACUCUACCCCAAACGAGUCAGGUCGCCCCACGAUCUCUGUCGAGUCACACUAUUCUCGUGCACGCAGUUUAUCCGAAAGCUCGGGAGUCUCAAGUGGAUCCGACAUCCCUUUCACCGUCCCUGUCUCAAAAGAGGUAUCUUUUGACAGUGACAGUCAUGAUCAUGAUAAUGUGGUAUGCAACUCACGCCAACAAGAGCAUUCAAAUCCCGUCAACCUCGUCACCGAAAGCAACCAGAAGUCAUUUGAUACCGAAAUGGGAGUGCCGGUCUCUGGACUUCUCAGCAACAGAAAGCCUGAGGUUGCACAAGGCCGGGAUAGUACACAACAGUUUAAACAAUUCCAAGGAGACCGGUCAGCGAAACACCAGGUCCAUGGCAGCUUGGACUUGAUGCGACCGCUUCCGAAAAAGCAAAAAAUCGAGACUUCCCCGUCCCCAACAAAUAUUGAGACCAACGACCUUGGCAAAGAACUGCCAAUGUGGAAAGAAAAGGUUGACACACCCAUCAAACCGCAGCCCUCAUCUUCCACCGCAGGAACGCGACGCAAAGGACAAAAGCGAACUCGGAAUAACUUCACCGACUAUGAGAAGCAGCACGCUCCAGCCUGGUUCAAGAAGCAGGUAGACGCAGGAACACCCCCGGCCGAUGUUGAGAAGGCCUAUCUUAAGAAGUUCGGUGUUUUCCACCGCUGGCUCACACUGAAGCUUUGGGUCGACCGGUUGGAGGAAAGAGCGGCUAAAGCAGAGACCCCAAGUAAAAUCGUGGUAUUGAAAGUACGACUCCCGUUGCAUCUUCGUCUGGCCUUCUUGAAUGACAAUUCCUCCUAG